GUUUUUCAUUGCGUCGUCAUCAGUCGUAAAACCGUCGAACUGUGUAUACCACUUAAAAUGCGCUGUACAUCGUUCUCCGUUAUUCUGUUGUGCAUUCUCAAGUGUAUUGGAUUCGUGCUUGCGAUAUGCACUAUGGGCAAGCAUGAAGGAGGGCCAGCCAAUCGUUUACAAUGCUCGAACAUCACUCUGCAAACAAUUUCCGAUCAAACGGCGAACAUAUCUGCUUUAUUGGUCUUCAACUCAAACUUGCGGUACAUCACGCAACGUGCUUUUGCCAAAUAUGCAAAACAUUUGCACUCUCUGAACAUUUACAAUUGCCACGUGCACGACAUUCAUGCGGAUGCGUUCGACGCCUUGUCUAGUUUAAAAAAGCUCAGCCUCCCCAGCAAUAACAUUACACAAGUGAAGGAAGCGUGGUUCAAGGAUCUGGUGUACUUGGAACAACUGGACCUGUCGUUCAAUCAAAUCGAGAGAAUCGAGCCGGCAGUUUUUGACAGACUACCACUGCUGAAACGAUUUGACAUCAAGGAGAAUCGCUUGACGUGUUUGGAUCCUCUAGCAUUGCCGGCCGGUAUCGAUAAACUAUAUUUCUUCGGGAACCCUCUGACUUUCAAAUGUCGAGGAAAGCUGACUCUAUGGAUGCGAGACCAUGAGGUAAGCUACAAAACCGAGCAGAACGAGAGGCAAACGUGGUUGGAUAAGCUGCUUUGGCUCUGCGCCAUCGGCGACGCGAACGUGGCCAAAUCAGAAGUCCUGAUGAAAGAAUGCGUUAUUCUAAAUUUGUUCAAUCAGCUUCGUACAGGCCUCAGUACUGCGGAAUCGUAUCCCUUGGCCGUGGACUGUGCUACUGAAAGGGAUCGUUUGACGAACUGUAUGAUCACGGAGACACAGGCAUUUCGUUCGAUCACUAAUGGAUACGUGAUCAAGAAACUACUCCUUUACAUCCGUCAGACAAAGUCCAACUUUUAAAAGUAAUUAAUCGAGUGUAAAAUGUAAAAUAAAUAGUGUAAGUUACACUAAUUAUAAUUCCUAUCGAUGAUUGAAAUAAAUUGCAAAGUCUUCGGUUAAGAGUUGAAUUACGAAAGUUGAUCCCG